UACUGGAGUAAAUUUCCAAACAUUAAAUGAACAUUGAGUUCACUUUUCCGGUGUGCCGUUUGCCUGUAUUUGGCAAGUUGUGCUGCACCUGAGAGAUGGGGAAUUCCAUGGGAUGUGUUAGGCCUCUUCGGGAGGUGGAAGUUGCUGGAGCUCCCCCUCGUUCACCAAAAAGACGCCUGCGUUUCAGAAGAAAACAUAAGGACAAGAAGAGCAAGAAGGUUGACCAAGAGUCACAAGAACGACAUAAAAUCCAUGGUCCUUAUGACAGAGAGGAUGAAGAAGAGCAGGAGAAAGUUGAUAUUAUUGAAACAGCAGAUUUAGAGCUUAGCAACAGAUCCAGAUCAACUUUUGUAACAGUGCCCGAUACCCUGUUAACUCAUACCAAAACUAAUCUGCACAGCAAUACCCUUUCUCCGGGAUCAGUGAGUACCAUCAGCGGAGGGUUUUUGGGUAGCAGAGUGUUUGAAGUGUCUCCUAAACCCAGCCCAGCGUGGAGAGGGGUUUUCUGUCUUCCAGGGGAGGAAGACACUGUUAGUGCCAUCAUUGAUGUUUCCAGCAUCCCAAGCCUAACCACCUCCACCACCCCAAUCAACACAGCCCCAGCCGUGGGCAGCACGACACCUGGUGGAGGGAGGGUGUGCCGUGUGAAAGAGAAGGUUCAAGGAGUGAUUGAGAAACCUUGGAUUCUGCAGCAAAAAAGGGAGAAAAAAGACAGGGCAAGACUGGAGAGUGAUGAAAAGUAUCAUGGAAGAACAUCAGGGAUAUCAGGGGAGGCGACUGCACCUUCAAAGGAUGACCAUAAAGGUGUGGUCCAUAUCCGAGAGGUGGAUGGCAAACUCUGUGUGGUGAGGUCUGUGUACCCAAGUGAUUAUGGCUCCCCAGUGUGGACGGGGGAAUGUGAAAGGGAGGUGGUGGAGGUGCACAAAGAACCUUCUACUCCAUCUGUAAUCACAGAAGACAUUCUCAAAGUCCAACUCUCUGAGGAAGACAAGUUUAGAACCAAACUGGCUGAAGUGGAUUAUUCCACAUCUUCAGCGUUGAAUCAGGGAACUAUGGAUGUUAAGGGCUUUUGCUUGGAUGCUGGUGUUCAUGCAAGACAGCGGUCUUCCCUGCUGGAGUCAGGCUACGCCAGUGACCUGCCGUUGACAUCUCCAGAGACAGCCGGCACAACCCCAAGUCAGAUAGAGUGGGGAGGGCUGAUCAGUAGCUCAUCGGAGAGGUUGGACUUCAUGAUGGAGAGUCCUCUAAUGCUGCAGCAUUCACAGAUUUCAGAGAUUUAUGUGAGCGGAGAAUCAUCUGACCUCACAGCCAAAGAGAAGCUGCUGUUAUGGAGCCAGCAGGCAACAGACGGCUAUGCCGGCCUUCGUUGUGUCAACUUCACCUCAUCAUGGAGCGAUGGACGCAUGUUCAACGCUCUGCUGCACAGAUACAGGCCAGACCUCAUCAACAUGGAGUUGGUGUCACAGCAGACGAACCGUGAGAACCUCGAGCAAGCCUUCGAGAUUGCUGAGUCGCUUGGGGUGACAAGACUGCUGGACGCCGAGGAUGUUGAUGUUCCAUCUCCAGAUGAGAAAUCUGUCAUCACCUAUGUGUCCUCUAUUUAUGACGCCUUCCCCAAAAUCCCAGAGGGAGGCGAGGGUGUUGCUGCACAUGAGGUGGACCAGCGCUGGUCAGAGUACCAGUCCAGGUUCUCCUCACUGCUCCAGUGGAGCUGCCAGCAUACCACCAUUAUGGCCAACAAGAACUUCCCACAAAACCCAGUGGAACUCAAGGCGCUUUACAAUCAGUAUGUCCAUUUCAAAGAGACGGAGAUCCCCGCCAAGGAGUUGGAGAAAGGUCACAUUGAACACCUGUACAAACUGCUGCAGGUGUGGAUAGAGUUUGGUCGUAUUAAGCUUCCUCCGGGCCUCCAUCCCAAUGACCUGGAAGAGGAGUGGGGUAAACUAAUCCUGGAGAUGCUGGAGAGAGAAAAAGCUCUGCGGCCGGCGGUGGAGCGUUUGGAACUGCUGCUGCAGAGGGCCAAUAAGAUCCAGAACAUGUCUCUGGACUGUGAGGAGAAGCUCACCCUGGCUAAAAACACACUACAGGCUGACAUGUCUCAGGUGGAGAGCGGCGAGGCGGUGCAUUGUGAGAGCGAAAUGGCUUCUUACCUACAGGACUGUGAGUCUCUGCUCGGACUGCUCAACCAGGAGCUCAAAGUCCUGAGAGAGGAGAAGUAUUACCAGGUGGAACAGCUGGUGUUCAGAGUUUCCUGCCUUCAAGAGGAGUUGGUCUCCCUCCGGCUGCAGUGCUCCAGUGUCUACAGGAAAGGUCACUUCUCCCAGGUUCUGCGGAGCACUGGGCCCGAGCACGUGGGCCAGAGGCACACAGAUGGCAGCCUGUCACUGGGACCGACCCUGCUGGGUGCUGUGGGCGCUGCGGCAGCUAUUGGUGCUGCGCUCCUACGCCGACCCAUGACUCGCUCUCAGCUGGUGGCCAUGUCAUCAUCAGAGGAUGAAGGAAGCUUGAGGUUCAUCUACGAGCUGCUUGGAUGGGUGGAGGAGACUCAGGAUCUGUUGGAGCAUGCCGAGUGGGGAGCUGACCUUCCCUCAGUAGAAAACAACCUCCAAGAGUACACCAGCGUGCAUGCUGCAGUGGAAGAUCUGCUGAGCAGUCUGCAGGAGGCUCGCAGUUAUGAGGCUAAAGUCUCUCCCAACUUCAAAAGCAGUUACUCUGAAACUCUGGCCAAGCUGGAGCACCAGUACUGCAAACUCCAGGAACAUUCGUCAUGGCGCCUGCGGAGUUUGGAGAGCCUGCACACGUUUGUGUCGCACUGCACCGAGGAGUUGAUCUGGCUCAAUGAGCGCGAGGAGGAGGAGAUUGCCUAUGACUGGAGCGAGAACAACACCAACUUGAGCGCCAAGAAAGAAUUAUACGCCGAAAUGAGGUUGGAGCUGGAAGAAAAGCAAGAUGUGAUUCAAUCCCUCCAGGAAACGGCAAACCUCCUCUGUCAGGAGAACCAUCCAGCAAAACAGACUGUAGAGGCAUACAGUGCAGCCCUGCAGACACAGUGGCAGUGGGUGAAGCAGCUGUGUGUCUGCGUGGAGCAACAUCUCAGAGACAACACUGCCUACUUCCAGUUUAUGAGUGAUGCGCGGGACUGUGAGUCAUACUUGCGCCAGCUGCAGGAAACCAUCAAGAGGCAGUACACCUGUGACAAGAACAGCAGACUGAGCAAACUGGAAGACCUGCUAUUGGACUCGAUGGAGGAGAAGGAGCAGUUGAUUGGAUACCGUAGUGCCGCGGCCAGUUUGGUGGGCCGGGCCAAGACUGUUGUGCAGCUCCGCCCACGCAGCACUGAGAACGUUGUGGGAGCCACCACCUCCAUCAGAGCCAUUUGUGACUAUCGACAGAUCGAGACUAACGUUCAGAUCACUAUAAACAGAGGAGAGGAGUGUGUGCUUGAAGACAACUCCCAGAGGACCAAGUGGAAAGUCAUCAGUCCCACAGGGAAUGAAGCCAUGGUCCCCUCAGUCUGCUUCACCGUCCCUCCUCCAAACCAGGAUGCCAUCGACACAGCAAACAGGACUGAGCAGUUGUACCAGAAAGUCAUGUCUCUGUGGCAUCAGCUGCACGUGAACAUGAAGAGUGUGGUGUCCUGGCAUUACCUGCUCAAAGACAUCAGGACGAUCUCUGCGUGGAGCCUGGACAUGGUUCGCUGUCAGUCCGCAUCAGAGCGACAGCAGGUCCUGGAUCACCUGGAGUCACAGUGGGUAGACUUCCUGUCCGACAGCAGAGAGAGUUCUCUGUUCACGCAGGUCGACAGACGAAAGCUGGAGAAAGAUGUCUGUCAAACCCAGCAGCACUCCCGGGACUUGCUGCUCAGCAUGGAAACUGUGGAGAAGGAUGAGUCAGUUUCUCGUUCCUACCUGUCAGAGCUUCAGAACAUCAAACUAUGUUUGGAGAAAGUGGAGCAGCGACUAAUGAGGGGACUUCAUGCUCCGCCCCCUAACCCGAUGUCCAGUGACGCUGCUGGCAGCACGCUCCAGAUUGCAGAGCAAGAGACGCUCCAGUCUGAGCUGGACUCCCUUCGCUCCAGUCUGGGUGAUGUAUCUCGCCUCUGUGUCACACUCUUUGAGGAGAAGCCGGCACUGUCGAGUGUUCCUGUCCUCCGGUCUGAACUUAAUCUAGCUGUGGAGAAGAUGGACAAACUACACAAUCUCUCAGCCAUCUUCCUAGAAAGGUUGAAGGCAGUCAGCGUCCUGAUGCACAGUUUGGAGGAUGCCGAGAGUCAGGUCAGGAAGUACGAGAGCCGAUUAAGUGAAGAAGACAUCGUUCCUCCUGACACCACUGCUAUUCAGACCCUCAGACAUCAGUUGGUGAAGUGGCAAGGUGAGCUGCUUGAGCAGGAGGGAGUUUUCCAGUCUCUGCAGUCCCAGGUGGGUCGAGCCAAAGAGGCAGGGUCUGAGCUCAGCAGGAUCCACCCAGACCGCAGCCCUGAACUGGAGCGCUACCAGGACAGAGCCAAUCAGAUGGUAGAGCGAUGGAGCGGCGUCAAGAGACAGGUGGAGAUGAGACAAAGUGAUUUGGAAGCCCUCGGUUCGGUCCUGCAGCAGUACAGAGAUGGUCACUCUGCUCUGGUAAAAUGGAUCGAAGACACAACAAAGAGACAAGAGAACACACAGCCUGGACAGAUGGACAGCAAGGCUCUGUCUGAGCAGCUGGCCCAGCAGACGGCAUUAGUAGCUGAGAUUGAACACAAUCAGACCAAACUGGACGAGUGUCACACACACUCCAAACAGUACUGCACAGCAGUGAAGGACUAUGAGCUCCAGCUGAUGACGUACAGAGCCUUCGUGGAGUCGACGCACAAGUCACCUGUCAAGAGGAGGAGGAUGCACUCUUCCUCUGAUGCCAUCACGCAGGAGUUUAUGGACUUGAGGACUCGCUACACAGCCUUGGUCACUUUGACAACCCAACAUGUGAAGUACAUCAGUGAUGCUCUGAGGAGGCUAGAAGAAGAAGAGAAAGAGGUGGAGGAGGAAAAGCAGGCCAGAGUGGGCCAUGUUUCUGACCUGCUGGGCUGGGUCAGAGGACUCCAGGGACGGCCAGGCGGGUCCAAUACAGAGUCUUCUCUUGCUGCUCAACAGGCCGUCAACGAGCAGCUGGCAGCCAAGAAGGAGGAAGUGAGUGAAGCCAUCAGGAGUGCUCAGGUCUUCCUGCUGUCCAAACAGGCCUACAAGUUGUCUCCAGAGGAACGGGCUCACGUUGAGGCUCAGCUGGACCAACUGACGACGACCUACAGCCAAAUGUGUGACCUUUCCAACCAGCAGCUGCAGCAGCUGGAGCUUCACCUGGCAAAGGAGGAGGAAAGAAAGAGUGAAAAUGUUAUCGCCGGAGUCAUCGAUUUGGGAACAGUGGAAACCUUCCCAGUUUUCCAAGCAGCUGAACAUGGUCUUAUUGACCAGGACACUUGCUGUGUGCUCUUGGAGGCUCAGGUCAUAAUGGGUGGGCUCCUCCACCCUGACUCCCCCUGCAAACUUUCACUGAAACAAAGUCUAGCUCAGGGUCUAAUUGACCUCCGUACCACAGAGUCACUUUCUGAGUUAGAGAAUGCCUUACUUGUGGUAAGCCAGACUACAUCCUCAGUUCAUCAACAACAAAAUGUGUUGCCAGCAGUUGUAGCCAUGGAGGGUGGGUUUAUCCGAGAGGAGGUGGGACUCCGUAUUUUAGAACUUCAGAUGAACACAGGAGGGCUAAAAGAUUCAAGAGGUGAAAGAAUGAGUUUGGAAACAGCAGACAAUAUGAGCCUCUUGUCUCCCAGAAUCUUCACCAAGCUCCAGUCACAGUUGCAACAUCAGGAGCUCAUCGAUCCAAACACGGCUGAAAAAGUAAACCUGUAUGAGCUACAGCAGCGCAGUGUCCUUAACAGUGACUCAGGUCUCCUUGUCCUACCUGUCAAACAACAGCCUGGAGGAACUGUCUGCCUCCGUUCUGGAAGAAAGGUUGGCAUUUUCCGUGCAGUCCAGGAAGGUCUGAUAGAUCGGAAAGUUACUGUACGGCUUCUUGAAGCCCAGCUCUUUGCUGGCGGUAUUGCUGACCCAAGAUCUGGCCACCGCCUAACAGUCCAUGAGGCUGUUCACCAUGGACUGAUGGACCAGGAUCUAGCAUGUGCCAUGCUGGGACGUCAGCUGCUAAACGGGGGAAUACUAGACCCUUUCAGUGGGGAGCGUCUUGAGUUAGAUGAGAGCAUUCACAGGGACCUUCUCUCUCCUCGUUUAGCACUUUUGGUACUUGAGUCUCUUUGGGCUUUUAUGGGAUUGCUUUGGCCUGAAUCUGGAGAAAUAUUACCCAUUGCAGAAGCUCUUCAACAAGGAGUGAUCUCGGGAGAGCUGGCGAGGAAAAUCCUAAAACAGCGUCAUGUUAUUGGAGCUCUGUACAACCCAGAAACCCUACAGGUGAUGCCACUAAAUCAGGCUGCUGAGGAGGCCCUUCUACCGAGUAUAGUAAAUAUUCUCAAAGACCUUUACAUUCCCGACAUCCUUCCCAACAUUAACCAGUCAGGUACUCCCUCUUUGAACCACUUGAGCUGGGGUUCCACAAGCUCCUCUCCAUCUCCAUCCUCUCCAACCCUUUCAUCAUUUCCUGCAGGUCUUGCCUGCAGUCCAGCACAAACAAAUGAAAACGCCUCCACCAAACAAGAAAAACACAAAUUGUUUCAUGUUAUGACUCAUAGUUAUGUGGAUGCACAUUCUGGUAAACGCCUUGUGGUGCUCAAGCCAGAACUGGUAGAGUUGGUCAGAGGUACUGAACUGGUUGUUGGAGAAUCUCUAUGUUCAAAUGAAACUGAAGCAGGAAGUGGUAUGAUCACAGGGGGGCAGGAAAGGUGGGUGAGAGAGUUAGUUUUGACAGGUGAGGGGGUGACUGACAAGCAAAAUGAGCCUAAAGACAAAUGUUUCACUGUAGUCACAGCAAGCAAACACGGUGACUCCAGCAAAAUGGCCGAUAUGGGCAAAUUAGGAAAGAGACACAAAGAAGAACAUGACCCACAACUGCAGAAACAAACAACUGUAAAAGUAGGUGUUGCGAGUAGUUUAGCUACCACAAUUAAGGGUAAGAUUGGUGUAAAUGAAGUUGUGUGCAUACAGAAUGAAAGGAAAACAACUAGUGAAACCAUGGCUUUGGGUAGAAAUCUUGACAAUGGAUUAACAAGCGCUUUAGAUCAAGCGGGAACAAAUGAAUCAAAACUCAGUGAGCAAGAUGGACAAGAGAGUAGUUCAUCUUUCCAACGUGCUGCCAUUACACAAACAUCCACAGGAACUGUGAUCAUGGCAGCAAGUCAGAAAACACAAGUCACAGGUCCAAAUGUUACAGAUGUGGAUGCUCAGAGUUUGACACAACCUGCAGCAGAGGAGGAGCUAAUGUCACUGAAUGCAGUGGCAACACAUGCUACAGUUCGAGUUGACAUCCUUGAAUCUGCACCGGAAAAGGAAGACAAAGAUACUGAGCUGGACAGGUUAGAGCAAGAGCUCAAACAAGGAGGUUUCUUGAUAGAAGGGGACAGGAUGCUCCCAGAUGAAGCAGUAGUCCAGGGCAUCCUCCCUGCCCACACUGCAGUCAGGGUCAUGGCUCAGGCUGAACUUUUUGGUGGAUUUAUAGAUGCCACUAGUUGCAAAUCCCUUCGUAUUGAAGAUGUAAUGCAAGAGGGUUUGCUAGAUGAAGACCUCAUGUGUAGUGUUUUGAAGUCAGAUAAAACCAUUGCUGGCAUUGUGGAUGUAGAGAAAAAGCAGAUAUGUGGGGUAAGGGAAGCAGCUCAGGCAGGGUUGAUUGACCCCAACACAGCUGCUCGUCUUCUGGAGGCCCAGGUAGUGUCUGGGGGAGUCAUUGACUUGCGCAGGGAUAAGAAGGUCUCUGUCACUUUAGCAGAAAAACUAGGACUGAUCGAGGAACAUCAGCGAGAAUCUCUGGUGGCUCUAGAGAAGGCUUACAAAGGAAAGGAGACAAAUACAUCAACAGUGCUCACUAAAGCCACUUUACAACUACAGAUGGAAGGGCUUAUUGACCCCCCCUCUAAGGCCCCUAUUCCUCUGGAACAAGCAAUUCAAAAAGGGUUAAUUAACACAGAAGAAGCUUAUGAAGUGUUGGCAAGGCAAGUGGCUGAGGGUGGCAUCAUACAUCAUGCUUCAGGAAUGAGGCUUGCAGUUUGUAACGCUGUAACUAGAGGGCUAGUGGAUCGUUCUAUGGCUCCAGGGCUAAAGGAACUAGAGUUGGCCUGCCAAGGGAAAGUCAGCCCUUUGUCGCACCCAGAAGUUUUAAAUUUCCAGGCUUUGACGGGAGCCAUUCUAGACCCAGCUUCUGGAUGUAGACUGACAGUGACAGAGGCGGUUUCUAAGGGUCUUCUUGACGAGGGCAUUGCCAGUGAGGUUAUGGCUUCUAUCUCUAUAACACAGGGAGUACUUGACCCCCGGUCUAUUCGCAUUGUGCCUUACUCAGAACUUGUAAAACAGGGCAAAAUAGAUAUUGAAACGGGAAAACGCUUCUUGGAGGUGAAGCCAUUCAGAGGUCUUCAGGAUGAGCAAGGAAACAACAGUUUCACCCUACCACAAGGAGUUGCUUCCAAACAAGUUGACUCAGUUCCAGCUUUAAGGGCGCUCAAAAGCCAGGCAGAUAGUGGAGGCAUUAUUGAUAUCACCACUGGGGAAAGGCUCAAGCUACCUGAAGCUUCUAAAAGAGGUUUAGUUGGAGAAGAUGUGGUUGUAGCAAUAGCAGGCAACCAGUUUUUGAACGGUGGUUUGGUUGAUCCUGUCACCCGACAACGUGUAUCUAGUCUCAGUGAUGCGAUUACAAAAGGGCUGAUUUCUAUCGACAUGGUUUCAAAGAUUAAGGAACAAUCUACUUUUAUGGCUCUGAAGGAUGAUGGCGAUAGCAUUACACCUGUUGGGUCAUCCAGUGGUACAUACAGCCCAGGUGUUAUAGUCUCAGUGUCCAGUUCAGACAGCCCAGCAUACUGGUCAGAUGUAAACACUGAGCUGCCUUCAAGGUCUCCACCUCCAGUGAAAGGUUGGGUGAGCACAGAGGAUGUUGGGAUGAAAGUGACAGAUGGCAUAGAAUCAGAUGAGGCAACAUUUUAUGUUACAGCUGGAAUAGAAGACAAAACGGCACCAUCAGUGUCAGUGGGACAGGAUUUAAUUGAACUAGAUCAGUCCAUAGACCUCCUUUCUCAGUUUGCCACAAAUGUUGAGAAAAGAAUUCAGCAAGCCAUAGAAGAGAUGGGACCUCAAAAACACAUAAAUAAAUCCAAGCCAGUCCCUGAACAGAAGCCUGUCAGUGGUGCCAGCCCUGGGGGCAGCACUUGUAUUGAUUUUGGAGAAGAGUCCAGUGAGGCAUCUAUCUAUGAUGAUGGCAAUGAUGUUUCACUCAAAGGAGUUGGAGAAGGGACACCUGUUUUCAAGCCUGAUGGUGAACCUUUGAAGGUUGACAAAAACGAGCAUGGAUCCAAUGAUUCAUUCAUACCUGUGAUAGAUGUUACUGAAGAAGGAAACCUGAAAGAUUCUUUAACAACUAUUAGGAGUGAUGGAGAAAUCAAAAAAGACAUUGAACAGCUAAAAUACGGUGAAGAAGAAAAGAGAGGGAGAGAUUCAGCCGCAGUCACAGACGAUAGUUUAGGCGAGAAAGAGGAAACUCUAAAGACUGAAGCAAAUACGAGUGCUGGCACUGAACAUAAACGGACUGCUGUGUCCAAAGAGAUGGAAAGCAAAAGCAAGAAAAAGCGAAAGAACAAAAUGAAGAGUAAAGACCCAGACAGGGAAAUGCAGAGAAAACAAAUUUUUGAAGUUAAAGUUGACUCAGAAGUUGGAGGUAAACCAAAGGCGACUGAUGUAGUUUUAGAUGAGUUUCCAUUGCAAGACAAAUAUAAGAAUGUCCUGUCUCAGACUCGCCCGUCUGUCACAGAGCUUUACAGUGGAAACAGCAACGAACAAGGAGGGAAUCAGGAAGUUAAGGCUCAUAAAGAUUUGGAAAAACGAGAACAGGAGGCAGGUCCAGAUUAUGUGGAAGUAAGAGAUUUUGCAUUUGGGCCAAAGAAAGAUGGAGUACAUAAUAAAGUACCUGAUGUUCCAGAAGUGAGUCACAGGAGAGAAAAACAAAUGCAGGAGCAGAGCAAAGAGUCUGAAAAUAAGGAGUUCUGUCAGCAACCAGAACAAGCUGAGAGCAAGCAGGAGGUGAACAGAAAGGAGGAAGGUUUCCCACAGAAAUCCACUCUGCCAGAGGACAAGAAAGCAGCAUUAAUCCUGAAGGCUAAAGAGAGCAUUCUUAAAAAAGUGUUUGAACGAGGAGUCAGUAAGAAGCAGGCUGCUGAGGAGCUGCAGGUACUUCGAAGGGAGGUAGGGAAGGAAAAUCUAUGUCGAGACAUGAAGCAAGCUAAGCCUGAAGAAUUGGAGAGGUAUCCUCUUAAAGAUGAGACUGUCAGGAGAGCUGAUGAUCCACCAACAGAGAGUGAGAAAAGGAUGAGUGUUAAAGAAAAGAUGACAUUCGCAGAGGUCAAGGAAGAUGUGACUGUGGAUGGACAUUCUGUCCAAGAGAAUGUAGACCCUAUCCUAUUGGACACGUCUUCAAAUGAGAUAAACAUGAACUUGGGUUUUGGAAAGGAGGCCAUUCAAAAAGAACCUCAGACUGUCAUGUCAGUCCAGCAAAGUAAAAGAAAUAAGAAACACAAGAAAUUCAAGGCCGCAUCGGUCGAAGCAAAGCCUGGUCCAGAGAUGUUACUGACUGCUGAAGCCAGGUGUUCACAGGUAGCCAUGAUAAAGGACCAGAGGACCGACAGACAGGAAGAGGGUCAGUCAUCUGGUGACAUUCCAAAGUAUUCAGUUGCUGAUAAAGCAAAUGAAUGUGUGACAAAUACUAUUAGUGGUAAUGCAGCUGUGAUAAAGUUUACCCAGUCAGCAGAACUCAAUUCAUGUGUUGAGGAUCAGACCGAAGGAGCGGGAGGUGCACGUAUGGAGCCAGAAGAGCAGGAACAACCACGGCUUUGUGACCACCCUGGAUCCCGCAGAGAUGAAGAACCCUUUUACUUGGGCAUCCAAAACACUAAUGAUUCUGUUGAAAGUUGUCCUGACAUCCAGCCAGCAGCUCCUUCUGUAACUUCUGAUGCAACAUUACCGGGCCAACAUAAAAUUAAGAAAUGGCACUUAGAGUCUGAAUCUGAACGUUCUGACACCCUUGAAAUAAGGUUUUUAAAAGAGCAGCAGCAUCUGGAGUCUCCUGAAUCAGCACCUUCACAAUCAGAAGGUGUUUCAGGUGACUCUGAAUCGGCUGGGGUUCUUGAAUGUGAUAGAGCUGCUGAAAGUUUGGAAGAGGAUGACAGAGAAAUUGUUUUGGACAAAGAGGGGAUGGUGGCCUUGAUUGGCAAGUCUCCACAGAUUCGUGAGGAAUGCUUGGAGCAUGACCAGCGAAUCGUGGCCCUUGUUUCCAUGGUGAGGCAUAUCGAGGUCCAGCUUAAACAGCAGCAACAGCAAUCAGUAGGACAUGGCCUUGUUGCCCUGGAUGACAUCAUCAGACAGACUGAGGCUCUGGAUGCUGAGCUGUGUGACCUUGAGCCCAACAUCAGCAGUGAAAUAGAAGCUGCUGCACAUUUGUUGAAGACCCAUCCUAAAGAUGUUCCUUUCCAGCUCCUAUUGGCCUUAGAGAAGGAUGGGCAGAGCUUGGGUCAUGGGUUUGAGACAGCUAGAGCACUUGCUGAAGACAUUCUGCAAAGCUUACGGGACUACAAAAUCUCAUACAAGGCCAAAGUUGCAGCUGAGCAGAAGUUGCUGAUUGGGCGUGUGGAGAACCUGCUGUCUCUGUUGGAAGAGUUAGAAGCCCAGAUGAAUGGAGGAAUAGCAGGGACUGAGAAAUUAAAAAUGACAGCAGAAGAUGACGGCUACGAUCAGCUGGCUCAACAGCUAUGUCUUUACAAGGAGCUUCAUUCCUUUCUGUCAGCUCGCUCUAAUGAGGUCAGCGCUGUGGCCUUUGACAUUCAGGUGUUCAUCUCGGAGCAGGCUCAGGAUCUGGUCCCUGAGCAAAGCAGGCAGCUGCUGCUGCAGCUCCAGCAGCUGCAAAAGACCUUCCACCGAGCAUCGGGCCAAGCCCAGGCCUGGUCCAGCGCUCUGUCUGCCCAGAGCAAGAGGGAGAAAGAAGAGAAGGCCAAAGAAAGGCAGAAUGCAAAGGACCGAGAGGUGACCCAGCAGCAGAAGGUAGAGUGUUCUCAGAAACUAGAGAGUCUCACUGUGUGGUUGGCUGGAGCUGCCAGUGUGCUGGACAGGCAGAGAGCUGCAGCGGAUUCAGACGAUGUGAAGAUCCUGCAAGAGAAGCAGAGGAACCUGGAGGAUCUACAGAAGGACCUUCAGACUAAAGCGAAGGACAUAGCCGAAACCAUUCGCUCUGUUGAGGAUUUGCUGGCAGAGCGCGGAGAUGACCUGAGCCGAGAAGAGAGGGAGGAUCUCCAGGGGGCGCUCACAAGAAUGAAGGAGCAGUACAGUGCCAUCACAGACUCUGCAAAUAUGACACGGUCAGAUCUGGACACGGCCAUCAGCACCACCGUACAGCAGAACACACAAAGGGCAAAGGCAGUUGAGGAACUCCAGGAAACCAAAGGCCAGAUAGACUCUCUGUUAAAUGAAUUGUCCACCUUGAACCAACCUGGCAGCAGAGGACUCGGAUCUGGAGCAGCAGAUGUUCCUGAUGCGCCAUUCUCAUAUCCAGAAGGUGCUUUGAUGUCUCGCACAGAGAUGCUCCAGACGGAACUUCAGCAGCUCCAGGCCCAGCAGUCCCAGCUGAUCCAGAUUGCCCAGUCGGCUCGCUCCCUCCUGGACCAACCUGACUCCACUGUUCCUCCUGAAGAGAAGCGGUGCCUUCGAGCUAACCUGGACCGGCUGCAGGCCCAGCACCAGGACAGGCUGCAGUGCUGCCAGGGCUCUUUGAGAAAGUCUGAGGCUCUGAAGGAUGAGCUGAUGAAGUUCCUCCAGGAACAUGGAAACCUGUGUUUCUGGCUGGAUCAGAGUGAGAAGGAUCUCCACUCGCUGGCCGAAGGAGAAACUGAUGCACAAGGCCUGAAGGGAAGACUUGAUCAACACAGACAGCUUGCAGAAGAUGUGAUUUGCCACAAAGCGGACCUGCGCUUUGUAUCUAUCUCUGGACAGAAGGUUCUGGACUCUGUCCAAGGAGCUCUGGAACAUGUCAGGGGUUCAGACCCGGCUUUGGACAGCACCAAAGAGCUGGUAACUGACCAGCUGCAGGACGCUAACCACAGAUACACCACCCUGCACACGAAGUCAGCAGAGUUGGGUAGCCGUUUGUUGGGCCUGUUGGAGAGGUACCAGCAAUACCAGGAUGAAGUUGUGUCCCUACAUUCGUGGCUCAGCACUCAGGAACAGAACCAAAGCAUAACUAAGCCCACUGUGGAGACAGACCCAGAGAACCUGCAGAACACACUGAGACAAGUGCAGCUGCUUCAGGACGAGCUGGCGGAGCGUUCAGUGCAGCUGGAGAAGGUGAAGCAAGGAGGCAAAGAUCUGGUCAGCGCUGAAGAAUCUCCUUCCCUGAAAGCAGUUGACAUCCUGUGUGCUGCAGAUGGUUUAGAGAAGAGGUUCGGCUCGCUUUCUGCAUCUGUGUCUGAUCGGGCUGAGCAGCUGCAGACGGCUGUGGCGCAGUCUGUCAGUGUCCAGGAGGGCCUGAAGGCCCUGCUUAGCUGGCUGGAUUCUCUGGUUCUCAAUCCUGAACCUGUGGAGCCCAACACACAGGCUCUACAACAUGCUCUCACUCAGAACCAGAAACUUCGGCAGGAGCUGCUUUCUCGGCAGGGCAGCGUGGACGCUACACGCGACUCCAUUUCCAGACUCCUUCAGAGCUCCGAUGCCUCCACAGCGUCUGGCCUCCAGCGUGCGCUAGAUGAACUGACCCAGCGCUACGCAGCUGCUCAGGCCAAGCAGUCUGCAAUGGAAGCAGAGCACAAAAGGUUGUUGCCUAGGCUGGAGAGCUAUGAGCGGCUGGGGGCAGACCUCCAGGUCUUCACCCAGAGCAGGCUGAAGGCUCUGAGUCCGCUGGGGCAGCCUGACCGCAGUGUGCAGGACUACAGGCAGACCGUCGAGGAGGUGAGAUCAGAGCUGGAGCAGGAAAGUGGACAGCUGAAGUCCUUCUGCAGCCUUGGCACUGAGCUCAGCCAAUCACACGCUUUCACCAGUGGUCAAACGCUGUUGGAUAACAUCAGAAGCGUGUCUGAUGACUUCACGCAACUGCAAACCAGCGUUAAUGAAAGGAUUUCUGCCGUCCAGGUCUGCGAGCAGCAGCUGCUGCAGUUCCGUGGUCUCUCUGGCUCCCUCCUCAGGUGGCUGCAGACAGCGCAGGAUCAGCUGCCUCCCAAAGAAGCCAACAUUGACACUGAAGGCCUGCAGAGAAGAGUACAGCAGCUCACGGAGUUGUUGAAUGACUGGGAGUCACAAGGAUCCAGAGUACAAGAGCUGAAUAGGAUGGGCUCGAAGCUGGAGUCCAUCAUCAUUGACAUCACCACCCCACAGACAAAAACCGGUGCUCAUCACAUCAACGGCUCGGUUGCUUCCGGCAGUGUUAACGGCAUCCACACAUGUAAAGACCUGACAGAGCUCCAGGUCGCUGUGUCUGACGUGAAUAGUUUAUACGAAACGCUGGGUGAGGAGCUUAAGGAGCGUGAUGGCCAGCAGCAAGCGUCGCUAGAGAUGAGGCAGAAGGCCCUACACGGGGCUGAGGAGCUGAGGAGGUGGCUGACAGACCGAGAGCACAGCCUGAAACAAGGUCAAACUGCCUCCCCCUCUAGACCAGAGGUGGUUCGGGCCCAGGCCCAGGAGAACAAGGCUCUGCUGUCGGAGCUGGCCAAGUAUUCGGGGAAAGUGGAGGAACUGAAGAGCACAUUGGGGAAGCUAAUUGCUGAUAAUCCAGAUUCUCUUGAAGCAGACACAUGGAGACAGCAGCUUCAGGAAAUAGAUGAUCGAUGGCAGCUGACCAAUCAGGCUGCAGUGCAGCGGCAGACAGAGCUGGAGAUGUGUGCUGAUAGGCUGGGUAGCUUUGCCUCCGCAGCCAAUCAGCUGGGCCCGUGGCUACGAGAGAAAGAGCUGAUGAUGAGCGUGCUCGGCCCACUUAGCAUCGACCCUAACAUGCUCAACACACAGAAACAACAAGUACAGUUCAUGUUGCGUGAGUUUGAGACGCGGCGGCCGCAGUUCAACCAACUGAUCCAGUCUGCAGAGGGCAUCCUCUUGCAAACCAUCGACUCCACCCAGGAUCCCAAAGACCUGGAGGAGGUGCGAGCUGAGCUGGACUCCAUUUCCCAGCAGUGGGAGGACCUGACAACCCAUCUGACCCAGAGGUUGACCCACAUCGACCAGGCCCAAGGAACAAGUGAGCGAUACCAGGCAUUACUGAAAGAUCUCUCCUCAAGUGCAUCCACUCUGAGUGAGCGUCUAGAUGCUCAGGCGUCACUGAGUGCUCAGCCUGAGGCGUUGAAACGCCGCCUGCAGGAAACUGGUGAGAUCCGCUCAGAGCUGGAGAGACGGCAGGCGGAGCUUUCAGAGGCUGAGAGACUUUGCCGAGAGCUAAGCGCUAUUGUGGCUGAACCUUACCUGAAGGAAGAGCUGAGCAAGCGGCUGGAGUGCAUCAGCGGGCCGCUGAGGAGUCUGGAGGAGCGAGCUGCUGAUGGCCUGUUUCAGCUCCAGGCUGCCCUGUCGUCUACCCAACAGUUCCAGCAGAUGUUUGACGAGCUGCGCUCCUGGCUGGACAACCAGGCAGAUUCCGGAGAAUUGCUCGCGGGCUCUCUGCCCUGCCACCCAGAGGCCAUUCGCUCAUUACUGGCCAAGAUCGAUGAGUUCCAGCGUAGGAUUGCCAGUCAGAGAGGUUCCUAUGAGAUCAUUCAUGCUGAAGGAGCCUCGCUGCUUGCCACGCUGCCUGCAGGCGAGGACGAAUGGACUGGUUUGCAGUCCUGCCUGGCGACCUUACGACAGGACUGGGAGGGGCUUAACCAGAGAAUCUCGGAUCGCGAGAGCAGACUCAAGACCACUUUGAGUAAAGCUGAAGUCUACCAGCAGCACAAGGCAGAGCUGGGACUGUGGUUAGCAAAGUGUGAAGCAAAGGAUCAAGAGAUCUUGCCUUCGCUGGACUCCACGGACUUAGAUGAAGCCAUCCAGAAAGGUCGAGGUCUAACACUGGACCUCGAGAGACGACAGCCCCUCCUGGAGAACUUCAAUGCUGCAGCUGAUCAGCUGCUGGAGCAGUGCUGCAUUGGGGACGAACAGGUACGAGAUGAAAAGGCCCAGAUAAAUCACAGGCUGGAUGGACUCGGGGAAAGACUCCACAGUCGCACUUCCCAGCUGGAGGAGCUGGCCGGUCGCUUGAAGGAGUUUGAAGAUGGGAGACAGGCUGUGGAGAGGAGGCUUGAGGCUGCCAAGCACCAACUUGAAGUCCAGGAAGCCCUUGGGCCUCAGGCGUGCAGCACCAAGAGCUUGGAGCGCCUGAGGAGUCAGCAGGAGAACCUGAGGACUCUCCAGCCUCAGGUAGUCUACCUGAGGGACCUGGCUCAGGGUCUGGUGCAGGAUGCACCCCAGGCACAUGGGGGCAGCACUGAGGGGGCACAGCGGCUUCAGCAACAAGCCCAAGACACAGAGAAAGAGUAUGAAGAUGUUACUGAGAAGAUUGAGCACUGCUGCUCCUGCUUGGAGACUCGGCUACAGGGUGUCGGCGAGGUCCAGUCUCACGUGCGAGAUGUCUUCUCAUGCCUUGCUGACCUUGAUGAUGAACUGGAUUCCCUCAGCCCUGUCGGACGAGACCCAGACUCCCUUGCCUCUCAGGCUGAUGCCCUGCGGGAGUUUUUGUUGCGUGUAUCUGAUGUCAGAACAGAGCUGGAGGGCCACGCGUCAGACUGCACCACCAUGCUGCGCAGGGAAGGCUCCUCCCCCGACCUCCUUGCUCUGAGGAGGGAGACGGAGGCUCUGAACCGACAGGCUGGCAAGCUGAGCGAGCGAGGCCAGGCCAGACUGGGCCAGAUUGAGGACGCCGCUGAGAGAGUUAGAGAAUUCUACAGGCUGGUGGCCGAGCUGCAGGGGCUGCUGGGAAAAGCCGAAGAGGGCCUGAACGCUCAGGGCAUGGUCGGCACAGAGGUGGAGACCAUCAGGCAGCAGCUGCAGGACUUCAAGGCUGUGGAGCGGGAGCAAGUGGAUGGUAUUCAGCCCCAGCUGCAACACAUCAACGCCGUCGGUCAGGGACUGAUCCAAAGUGCCGCCAAACACACCGACACACAGGCCCUGGAACAUGACCUCGAGUUCACCAACCUGCAGUGGAACUCAUUCAACAAGCGGGUGGCAGAGCGCAUUGCCCAGCUGCAGGAGGCCCUGUUGCAUUGUGGGAAAUUCCAGGAUGCAUUGGAGCCUUUGCUGAGCUGGCUUAGCGACACUGAAGAGUUGGUGGCCAAUCAGAGGCCUCCGUCUGCCGAGUACCGUGUGGUUAAGGCUCAAAUCCAGGAACAAAAGCUGCUCCAGAGGUUGUUGGACGACCGCAGGCCGACUGUGGAAAUGAUCAAAGCUGAAGGUGAGAGGAUCGCAGCCACAGCAGAUGUUCAGGACCAAGAGAAGAUCCAGACCCAGCUGCAGAGUCUUGCAGAGAGGUGGACUAACCUGCUGGGCAAGGCCUCUGCCAGGCAGACACAGUUAGAGGAGCUGCAGGUUUUGGCUCUACAGUUCCAUGAAGCUCUGGAGCCAUUGGCAGAAUGGCUUAGUGCCACAGAGAGACGCCUGAGCUCCGCCGAGCCCAUGGGAACCCAGGCAGCCAAGAUCAACCAGCAGAUCAUCAAGCACAAGGCCAUCCAAGAGGACGUGUCCUCACGAGCAGCCGAGGUUGAUAUUCUUGAGUCCCUCGGCCAGUCCCUGACACCGCUCAGCUGUGUGGCCGACCGCAGCUGGCUAAGCGAGCGUGUGGAAGUGGUGCGAUCGGGUCACUCCGAGCUGGUUGAUUGGUGCUCGCGGCGGGCGGGCAUGCUGGAGCAGGCGCUGGCUAAUGCCCAGCUGUUCGGAGAGGAGGAGGUGGAGGUGUUGAACUGGCUGGCAGAGGUGGCUCAGAGGUUGGCUCAGGUCUCUGUCCAGAGCUACCAGCCACAGCUGCUGGCCGAGGAGCACAAGCACGCAUCGUCUUUAAAUGAGGAGAUUUUGAGCAGAAAGAAGACUAUAGACCAGGCAAUCAAGAACGGACAAGCUUUACUCAAACAGACGACAGGUGAGGAGGUUCUCCUGAUCCAGGAGAAGCUCGAUGGCAUCAAGUCUCGCUACACGGACAUAACGGCCAGCAGCAGCAAGGCUCUCCGCAUGCUGGAACAAGCCCUACAGCUGUCUACACGAUUUGCCAGCGCCUACGACGACCUGAACCAGUGGCUGGACGGCGUUGAAGCUGAGAUCAACCAUACGGAGCCCGACACGACACCGGCCUACCAGGAAAGACAAAAGGAGCUGAAGAAAGUGUCUGCAGAGAAACGUCUGGUGUUGGAUACGGUGAACGAGGUCGGCAGCGCCCUGCUGGACCUGGUGCCGUGGCGGGCCCGCGAUGGCCUUGACCGCCUGGUUGCAGAUUCAAACCAGCGCUACAGACAAGCUGACGAAACAAUCAGUCAACGGGUACAACUGGUACAGGCUGCCAUCCAGAGGUCACAGCAGUACGAGGAGGCUGUGGAUGCUGAGCUGGCCUGGGUGGGAGAGACGGAGCGUAAGUUGGCGUCUUUGGGACCCCUGAGCUUAGAGCCUGACGUGACGGUGGCCCAGCUGCAGGUGCAGCGGGCAUUCAACAUCGACAUCAUCCGGCACAAAGACACUGUGGAUCAGCUACUCGGCACCAGAGACGAAAUCUUGGAGACCUGCAGCGAUGCCCAAAAGGAUGCACUGAUGGUAAAAACCGAUUCCCUGAGUUCUCGUUACGACUCUGUGAGCCAGAGUCACAGCGAGCGCUUCUCAGCCCUGGAGCAGGCCCAGGUUCUGGUGGCUCGGUUCUGGGAGACCUACGAAGAACUGGAUCCAUGGCUGGGCGAGACUGAGGCUCUGAUCACCAAACUUCCUCCACCAGCCAUCGACUCAGAUGCACUGCGGUUACAGCAGGACCAGAUGAGGCUGCUCAGAGAGUCCAUCGCGGAGCACAAACCUCACAUCGACAAGCUGCUGAAGAUCGGACCGCAGCUGGCUGAGCUGAGCAUGCAGGAGGGCGCCACGGUGACACAGCGCUACACCGAGGCAGAGCGACGCUACCUGGUCAUCAAAGAGGAGGUCAAAGGUCGUGCUGCAGUCCUCGAUGAGGCGGUGUCUCAGUCCACACAGCUGGUUGAGUUUCAUGACAAGAUGGAUCCUCUGUUGGAGACCCUGGAGGGGGCGGUUCAGCGGCUGCGGCAGCCACCCCCUGUGGCGGCUGAGGUGGAAAAGAUCAGGGAACAGCUGGCAGAGCAUCGAGCUCAGGGACUGGAACUGGACAAACUGCUGCCAUCCUUCUCUGCCCUCUGUGCGCGAGGGGAGGAGCUCAUCAGCCGAGCUGCCCACGACGACCCAGCGGCUCAGGCUGUUCGUUCCCGCCUCCUGCGUCUACGUUCCCUGUGGGAAGAGAUCCGACAGCGGGCAGAGGAGAGAGAGGGGAAGCUAAACGACGUCUUGGACCUGGCUGGGAAGUUCUGGGCCGACGUGGUGGCGCUGUUGAGCACCUUGAGGGAUUCUCAAGACAUCGUGAAGGAGCUGGAGGAUCCCGGGGUGGACCCCUCGCUUAUUAAGCAGCAGAUUGAGGCUGCUGAGGCGAUCAAAGCGGAGACUGAUGGUCUGAGAGAAGAGCUGGAGUUUGUAAGAACCCUUGGGGCUGACCUGAUCUUUGCUUGUGGAGAAACUGAGAAACCUGAAGUCAAAAAGACCAUUGAUGAGAUGAAUGCUGCAUGGGAGGGGCUGAACAGGACAUGGCGGGAGAGGAUGGAGCGACUGGAGGAGGCCAUGACUGCCUCUGUGCAGUAUCAGGAUGCACUGCAGACCAUGUUUGACUACCUGGACAAUGCAGUCAUCAAACUGUGUGAAAUGUCCACUGUGGGAACUGACCUGGGAACAGUCAAACAGCAGAUUGAGGAACUCAAGCAAUACAAGGUGGACGUCUAUCAGCAGCAGAUUGACAUGGAGAAGCUCUGCCACCAAGGGGAGCUGUUGCUAAAGAAGGUAUCGGACCAGGCGGACAGGGAUAUGAUCCAGGAGCCACUGACGGAGCUCAGACACCUCUGGGACAAUCUUGGAGAUAAAAUCACACAUAGACAGCACAAGUUGGAGGCUGCCCUGCUGGCUCUGGGUCAGUUCCAGCACGCCCUGUCGGAGCUGCAGGCAUGGCUGAACCACACACACGCCACCCUGGACACACAGCGGCCCGUCAGCUCUGAUCCUAAGGCCAUUGAAAUCGAGCUGGCUAAACACCAUGUCUUGCGUAACGAUGUGCUGUCCCAUCAUGCCACGGUGGAGACUGUGAAUGGCGCUGGUGCCGAGUUGCUGGAGUCCUCUCCUGGUGAUGAGGCCAGCCACCUGCGAGACCAGCUGGAUCAACUCAACCAGAGCUGGCAGAGUCUGCUGCUCAAGACCCAGGACCGGCAGAAACUGCUGGAGGUGGCCCUGCAGCAGGCGGAGGGUUUCCAUGGGGAAUUGGAAGAGUUCCUCCAGUGGCUGAGGCGGACAGAGAGCCAGCUGUCUACUGUUAAACCAACAGGCGGUUUGCCUGAAACCGCCAGAGAGCAGCUCCAGCAGCACACGGAACUUCAGGACCAGGUGACCCAGCGGGCCAACCAGUAUAACCGUCUGCUGGAUCAGGGAGAGUCCAUGUUGCUGGCUCGCGGUGGGGAGGAAGCUGGUCCGGGUACGACUCAGACUCAGCAGAACCUGGCCAUGCUGCAGAACAAGUGGGCCAGUCUUACCAGCAAGAUGGAUGACCGCAGGGCAAAGCUAGAGGAGGCAGUUUCCUUGGCAACAGGUUUCCAGACUUCUCUGCAGGACACCAUCAACUGGCUGACUCAGGCUGAACAGACGCUGAACAUGGCCCAACCCCCAAGUCUUAUACUAGAUACCGUCCUCUUCCAGAUUGAUGAGCACAAGGUAUUUGUGAAUGAAGUGAACACCCACAGAGAGCAGGUCCUGGCUCUGGAGAAGGCCGGGUCUCAGCUUCGUUUUGCCAGCCUGAAACAGGAUGUGGUUCUCAUCAAAAACCUGCUGCUCAGCGUUCAAGCCCGAUGGGACAAGCUCGUCCAGAGGUCACUAGACCGUGGCAGACACCUUGAUGAGGCCCGCAAACGGGCUAAGCAGUUCUACGAGGCCUGGAGGAAGCUGACAGACUGGCUGGAAGAAGCUGAGAAUAGGCUGGACUCAGAGCUGGAGAUCUCUAAUGAGCCAGACAAGAUCAAAGUACAACUAACAAAGCACAAGGAGUUUCAGAAAGUGCUGGGGUCCAAGCAGCCAGUCUAUGACACUACAGCAAGGUCUGGGAAGGCCAUGAGAGACAAAGCACAGCUGCCAGCAGAUACCCAGAAACUGGAUCUUCUAGUGGGAGAGAUCCGAGAUAAAUGGGACACCGUCUGUGGCAAGAGCGUUGAAAGACAGCACAAGCUGGAGGAGGCUCUGUUGUUCUCAGGCCAGUUUGCUGAGGCUCUCCAGGUCCUGGUGGACUGGCUGUACCGGGUGGAGCCUCAGCUAGCUGAAGAUCAGCCUGUCCAUGGAGACCUGGAUCUGGUCUCCAACCUUAUGGAUUCACAUAAGGCUUUCCAAAAAGAACUGGGCAAGAGAACAAGCAGCAUUCAGGCGCUGAAGCGUUCGGCUCGGGACCUGAUGGAGACUGGGCGUGACGACACGGCAUGGGUCAAAGUUCAGCUCCAGGAGCUCAGUAACCGCUGGGACACUGUGUGCGCCUUGUCUGUCACCAAGCAGACCCGCCUCCAGCAGGCCCUCAAACAGGCAGAGGAGUUCCGUGCAAACAUCCAGGUGAUUCUUGAGUGGCUCUCUGAAGCAGAACAGACCCUUCGUUUCCGUGGUGUCCUUCCUGAGGAGGCGGAGACUCUGCAAGUGUUGCUCCACACGCAUAGAGAUUUUAUGGGCACGGUUGAGGAGAAACGGGUGGAUGUCAACAAAGCUGCUGGUAUGGGCGAGGCCAUUCUGACUGUUUGUCACCCGGACUCCAUCACCACCAUCAAACACUGGAUCACCAUCAUCAGGGCGCGCUUCGAGGAGGUGCUGACGUGGGCUAAACAGCACGAGCAGCGGCUGGAGACGGCGCUCACGGAGGUGCUCAACAAUGCUAACCUGUUGGAGGAGCUGUUGUCAUGGCUACAGUUUGCUGAGACCACAUUGGUCCAGAGGGACACGGAGCCCCUCCCUCAGGACAUCCCACAACUCAAAACACUCAUCACAGAACACCAGAUGUUUAUGGAGGAGAUGACGAGGAAGCAGCCGGAUGUGGAUAAAGUGACUAAAUCCUAUAAAAGGAAACCAGCCGAGGCUCCCGGCGGCCUCGCUGACAGGCGAGGAGCUCGCAAACAGCAGCAGCAGCAGGCAGCCAUGCAGGUUUCUGGGGGAAACCCGCGACUUAACCAGCUCUGUGCCAGGUGGCAGCAAGUUUGGCUGCUGGCACUCGACCGCCAGCGCAAACUCAACGAUGUUCUGGAUCGGCUGGAGGAGCUUAAAGAAUUUGCCAACUUCGAUUUUGACAUCUGGAGAAAGAAGUACAUGCGGUGGAUGAACCACAAAAAGUCUCGUGUCAUGGACUUCUUCAGACGCAUUGACAAGGACCAAGAUGGAAAGAUCACGCGACAGGAGUUCAUCGAUGGGAUCCUGGCAUCAAAGUUUCCAACGAGUAAGCUGGAGAUGACUGCAGUGGCUGACAUCUUUGACAGGGAUGGAGACGGUUACAUCGACUAUUACGAGUUUGUGGCUGCACUGCAUCCGAAUAAAGAUGCCUACAGACCAACAACAGAUGCAGAUAAAAUAGAGGACGAGGUGACCCGGCAGGUGGCCCAGUGUAAAUGUGCCAAAAGGUUCCAGGUGGAGCAAAUCGGAGAGAACAAAUAUCGGUUCUUCCUCGGAAACCAGUUCGGUGACUCUCAGCAGCUGCGUUUGGUGAGGAUCUUGCGCAGCACAGUGAUGGUGAGAGUUGGCGGCGGUUGGAUGGCUCUGGAUGAGUUCUUGGUCAAAAAUGAUCCAUGCCGAGUGCAACAUCCUGGACUUAAGAUUCUUCGCUCCGAUUCCAGUAGCUCCAUCUCAUCUCGUAUAGCUCGCGGCCGCACCAACCUGGAGCUGAGGGAGAAGUUCAUCCUUCCGGAAGGAGCAUCUCAGGGUCUGGCAGCCUUCCGCUCCCGGGGCCGACGUUCUAAACCAGGCUCCCGCAAUGCAUCACCGACCCGCUCCUCCUCCUCCGCCUCCCACAGUGGCGCCUCCCUUCCUUCCGCCCCCUCAGCUCCUGCCACCCCAACGGCUUCAGCAUCAUCCCGGUCCUCCCACACUCAUUCGCGUGACUAUGCCAAGCCAUGGCUGGCACACAGUAAAAGUCCAACGCCAACCACGUGCCAGUGCUGCCCAGAUCUCUUCCACUCCACGCCUGGGCAUGAGGGGGCGGCAUCGGGCUCUAAACUGAAGCGACCGACCUUCCACUCAAGCCGAGGCUCCCUGACCGGAGAGAACGGCGGAAGCACUCACUCCGCUGGUAAACCAGCUCGAGCUGAUCCGAAGCGAGCCGCGUCCACGGCGAGCGGCCCCGCCAGCCGAGCUGGCAGCCGCACAGGCAGCAGGGCGAGCAGUCGCCGCGGCAGUGACGCCUCAGACGCCUCAGAGCUCCAGGACGCCCGAUCUGUUUGCUCGGACAAUUCUGACACUCCGCGGUGCCCGGGCAGUGGCGCCAAACCCUCCAAGAUCCCAACGAUCUCAAAGAAGACGCCCAGCCCAAAGACCCCGGCGUCUGCCAAGAAAUAGGACCAAACUGCGAGGAGGAGGCUGAGAUCUGGUCACUGAGAAUGACCACGAAGGAACUGGAGCAGCAGCAUCACUCCUUGAGUUCACAGCGGCGGAGCGUUAGCCAGCAUGUCACCCACAGGGCAUCUGUAGAAUUUGUGCACUUUUCCAGGAGAAAGAAGACGAACAAAUUGAAUCUCCUCAUUCGUUCUUUGAAGUCUGACCCGCGUCUGCCUUCCAGUCUCCUGGUUCUUCCUUCUACAGAUUCCCAGCGGGUGGAACCGAUCGCUGCUCUGAUGUGACACUGCCUUACUUUAAGUGUGAUCAGCAAGAGGAGUGCGUCUGCUUCAUGACACUGACAUAUCGAAGCACGUCAAGGAGCAAAAAUGAAACAUUCAGGAAAUUAUUUUUGGUUUGUGUGCCCGACGCCUCCAAGACUGUUUAAAAAAAUAUGCAACGACUGCCGCGCUGAUCUCAUGAAAAGCAAGCGUGCGGACAGGCAGCGAUGAAUGACUGAAUUACAAGAGCUCAGGAGGUGGGAACGAAGUCUACGUGCUUCACUUCGCACGCAGUUCUCCUCACAUCCUAAUGAUCAGUGGAAGCACCGCUGAGACCAAACCCAACCACGUCACAGCAUUUGUAAUCAUGUGGUUUUGUCACACAAAUAUCACUGUGUUGACAGAGGGAACGUGCUACUGCAGCAGCGGUAGUGGCUAACAGCACAUUACUGAUGGCGUAUCUUAACCUGAUGACAACCAGCACGCACCAACGGUCUCUUCUUUUGCUGUUCCACCUGAUGCUGUGUUGCCAUUAGCACCACACAGAUGCACAUGCUAUGUGCGUCAUCAAAUCGUGUUACAGGAAAGGUCACUGUUAUGCAAAAAUGUUUAAUUUACGAAUGUUUGUUUUUUGUUUUUGUUUUUUCUUUUUGGGGGGGGUUCAUUUUGCUUUGUUGUUUUUCUGGUUAAUUUAUAAUCCCGCUGUCUGUUAUUUAGUCUGAAAGAAGAAUCUAUUUAUUUUUCAGUUCUUGUCAUAACGGAGCCAUUAGUAUUAAAACAUUUUGUACCAAGUGUCUGCAGCGCCCAUUUGACUUACACUCUGAUUUAAAUUGGCAACAUUUUCUUUGCUGAUGACUCUAUUUCCAGACGAUGACCAAAGGGGCGUUUCCCUUCGCUUACAAACACAAUUGUCAGGAGCCAAUGAGAGCAGAGUUCCUCCCCCUCCCACUGUCUCUUCUUCUAGGUUUUUUGUUUUUAAUGUCCUGUUGUGGGCGGAGCUUCAUCAGACGUUUAGGGAAAUUGAGAAUGAAGACAUCUUAUGCUGACUUUUUAUUUAUUUGUCUCUGAGGAAGUCGCUGAGUCGAGUGUUACUCUGUGUGACCACAAGGUGGCAGGAAGUCAGUUGUAUAAAAGUCAAAGAAAACUAAAAUUAUGAAAAAUUUUUGGUUGUUUUUGUAUUAAAAACUAUGCUUGCAGUAAAAC